UAUUUUUCAGAUUUUUUAAAACAUUUUAUGGCAUUCGUUGCACCGGUAGCACCACAAAUGCGGGUGCACCGGAUACAUUCCCCGGAGUUCACAUCCAUCAAUUCGGCCGUGUGACUGCUUUUUAUCAUGCUCUUUUUUUUUAUGAUGCGAACGUAGUACGUAAACGGAGGCAUAGGGUACGUCCGCGUAAGCAUCAGAUGUUGAUCUCCAAAAAGAGAAAAAAGCACCAGCUGUUUGACGCUCCAAAGCCAAUCAUGGUAAACAAAGGAAAAACGGAAAAAAAAUACCAAAGCCUGUAAGUGCACUGAAGCAGCUAAGCUAGACAACUUUGCACGAACGACCGGCCGUUGCCAUCGGCCUCCUCCCUCCCGUCCCAACGGCUCCCGAGCUUUGCUUGCUUGCUUUCUCUUGCCCUUUAACCUCCCUGUUGUACCUAUCCGUCUUUUUUCCAGCCUUCCUAUUUAGUCCCGCACACCUCCGCCUUCCUUCUCCACCCAGCCAGCCAUUGCCAAUCCCUGCCUCCUCACUUCCUCUCACUACUCACUCACACAAGACAUCUCUUCUUUCCACAUCUCCGGCUCCUAUCAAUCAGCUCGAGCACAUUACCAUGGACGCGGUGGAGUCCUCGUCACCACACUCGCCGCCCUCGUUGCGCCACAAGCUGCGGACCACCGUGUGCGGCUGCUUCGGCUCGCCGUCCUCACGGGGCAGCAGCGGGGAAAGGCCGCAAAAUGGCGGCAGGGCCAGAUGGAGGAGGCGCGUGGCGGCCGCGGGGGAGUUCAGGUACGACCCGCUCAGCUACGCGCUCAACUUCGACGACGGAAGCAGCAACGACGGCGCGGAGGCAGAGGAUGCGGCCUUCCGGUACAGGAACUUCAGCUCGCGCCUACCUCCCUCGCUGGUGCCGGCCUCCCGAGCCUGAACUGAAUUCUGAAUCGUAGUAACAGCAAACAUCCUUUUUAACUUUUGUAGCUUCUGGCUCUGAUUUUUCUUCUUCUCUGAGCGAGACUGAAUCACUACAUCUGUAAAAGCAGCUUAUACGGUCGCGGAAACGCAGCGAGGUAGCAGUAGCAUCAUGUAUACAUGCAGGAAACUAAUCAACCAAUUUUCUUGUUCCAUCGGUACCCAAAUGCAAUGCAACCGAGACAUACAUGUAUUGUACAGGGAGAUGAAGAACUGGUUUGGUCAGGAAAAGGUUUCCUUUUGUUUUAUUUUGAUUUUGAUGAUGAACUGUAUGGUGGAAGUGGAAUCAUCUGCCGUCGUCAUCCACCCUGUGGGGCUGCGCGUAUCCAACGUGGGUAAAAGGGUGCUACAAUGGAUUUGCGAGUAGCGAACAAUUCUGAAUGGUUAGUGGGACAUUGGUAUAUCCUAUUCAUCACGGUUCAAGUCCUGAUACUCGCAUUAUUCUUGAAUUAUAUGAUAUACCAGCUCAGUCUGUAGAAGAUGCUCAUAGGGAUAGGUCUUCGUGUGUGUUUAUAGCGGUGAAUGUAUGCACGUAUGUAUAAGCGCUUGUGUCUGUAUUAUGUUAAAAAAAAAAG